AUGAAUCUAACAGUAGGAUUGAAAUAUUGCAUAGUGAUAUUGGGCUGCUUCUUCGUACUCUACUUUGUGCUUAGCCAAUACAAAUCACCAUUAAAGUCUUUGAACAUCACACCUGACCUGCAGGUCACGAUAGAGGACCUAUACAGGAACAUACAGCAGCUUACGUAUCGAGUGGAUUAUCUCAUCAAUGUUAAUCACCAACUGCUCGAAGCCCGUAUUUCUUCCAACGACUCUAACCACGAUGUGAGUAACAUCAGGCUGCCCACGGCAUACAGUCUUCUUUCUCAUUUGCUUGGAGAUAGAAAUUCUCUGCAACCAAACCUCAUAUACAGUAGCGGCAGGUCGGGUACAAGCAUGGUGCUUGGGAUACCUCACGUCAGACGGGACAAGGAGAAUUACUUGAUUCCUACUCUCAAAAAUUUAACGGGUAACAUGAAUUCUACUGAAAUGGCAGACACGCUUAUAAUAGUUUUUAUAGCUGAGACUGACAAGAAAUAUGUCAAACGAGUAGCAAAGGAAAUAGAACUACAGUUUCCGGUCGAGUUAAAAUCAGGACUUUUGGAAGUGAUUUCACCUAAUCCAUCGUAUUAUCCAGAUAUUUCGAAAGUACGCGAUACAUUAGGAGAUUCACAUAAUCGGGUGAUGUGGAGAUCAAAGCAAAACUUGGAUUUUGCAUUCCUAAUGUCGUAUGCUCAGGCAAAAGGAAGAUUUUAUUUGCAAUUGGAGGAUGACAUAGUAUCUAAAAAAAAUUAUAUCGGGACAAUGAAAUCCUUCGCUUUACAAAAAACCAAUAUGAAGCAGGAUUGGUAUAUUCUUGAUUUUUGCGAGCUAGGUUUCAUAGGAAAGUUAUUCAAAACCUCUGACUUACCGUGGUUGGUUCAAUUUUUUACAAUAUUUUACAAUGACCAGCCUGUUGAUUGGCUGAUAAGUUACUUUUUAACCGUAAAAGUUUGUUCCUUCGACAUGGAUGGGAAAAAGUGUCAAGAAGCCAAGGAAAAAGUAUGGCUCAGCUACAGCUCAUCCCUGUUUCAACACGUUGGACUUCAUUCCUCGUUAUCAGGAAAACUACAGAAAUUAAAGGCUAAAAAGUUUCUCUGA